UAUAGCAUUCAUCUCUCUCCCCACAAGUACACAACCAGUAAACCACCGCAGUACGAGACCAACCGUUAUAUUAACAGCACAGCCGUCGAAGUGCAAAGGAUCAGUUUUUGAUGAUCUUCACCUCUCUACUAAGCUAAUCGACGAGUCUGUAUUGGUGACGAUCAACAAAAGGGUUUUUUUUUUUUUUAAGGGUUUCGUUUUUUACAAGUCGAGGCUUUUGAAUGGCGGGUGUUUCAGCAAUCGAAACGGAAAAAUACUCUUUGUUGGAGGAUUUUAAGGUCGAUGUCGAAGUAGAUGAUGAAGAAUACAAAAGUUUCUCCCUUUGUUUUUGGGUUUAUCUUGUUAAUUCCACCACAUUCCCAUCUACCAUCAUUAGACAGGUUCACUCAGACAUUAUUGUAAGUGCACCUUUCCUUGUCCUAGAUGAAAACAAGAAGAUGAUACUUUUGCCAUUGACUCUCCUUCACAAGGAAGCUCCUGAUCCUGUUGACACUUGUUCCUGGAAACAAGUUCCUAGCGUAUCUACAAAAUCCGAGUUUCCUCUCGAUAAAUGGGUUCAUGUGGGAUGUGAGGUUUCUAGAAAUUACAUGAGGCUUGUUAUUGAUGGAAAGAUUGAAGGAGAGCAUUUCUUAACUUCUUUGCUGACGAAGAACAGCAACCGAAAGAUAUCACUAUUUGGUGUUGGCGGAGAUGGUUAUAGUGUUCAAGGUUUCAUCAAAUGUGCACAAGUAUUGCCUGCUUGUGAUCAUGUGGAUCAUCACUAUAUGAAGGAUCCACCUCUAUUGUUAUCUGUCAAUAAAUCCUCCUCACCGGGGAUUAAACUAGAUGAUGAUGGUGUUUGGAAGGCAUCUUGCGGGGAGGUUUUUUCCUUGGAUAUUGUUUUAUCCAAUGCCAUUGGCCAGCCUGUGCACAAGGAUGUGGAGGUUGUUGCAUCACUACUGUAUGCCGAUACCCGUCUGGAGGCCAAGAUGAGUGAUGCUGAGGCUCCUCUUUUGAUAAGGGACGAAGGAGUUGAAUUCUCGUCUGAUGGUAGACCGAUCAAAUUAUUGGAUGGACGCUCAUCCUUUAAGCUCAAGAUCUCUCAGCUUUCCUCCACGAAUGAGAACAGAUUAUUCUGGAUUAAAUUUGGAAUACGAAAUGCCAAAGAUUAUCCUUUCCUUCAAGCUGUUUCCAAUCCAAUCCGCUGCAUUUCGAUCAGUCCUGAUGUCCGGCCGCUUCCGAAAAGGUUGGCCAAUAUUGACCAUCCAUCAAGUACCGAAUCACCAGACCUUCUACAGAACAACACUUACUCAUUUAAACGAAUCAGGUUGGGCAAAGAAAGUGACUCUGGGAGAGAGGAAUCAUUUUCAUAUCAGCAUUGCAACUCUUAUCCCCAAACCUCAAGACAGUUUGAGGAUGGAAAUGGUCAUGAAGAAUAUAACUCACCAACUGAUUCAGAAAACGUGGAAAUGAGACUUACAAUCUCUGAUUCCACCAUCUUUAGAUACUGCCUUGGAAACUUAAAAGAUAAAGCUCUACUUCUAAAGGAAAUCACAAACAACUCAUCAGACGAAGAAGUUUUGAAAUUUGCAAAUCAGGUUUCUCUCUACUCUGGAUGUUCCCACCAUAGCUAUCAAAUCAACAUGGCAAGAGAGCUAAUAGCCCAAGGAACAAGUGCAUGGAUAUCGAUGUCACGGAACAAUCAACAUGUUCAUUGGGAUAAUGUGGUCUAUGAGAUUGAAGAACAUUUCAUGAGGAUUUCAAAAUGCAGCAGUAGAUCUCUCACCAACAAGGAUGUUGAGCUUCUAAGGAGAAUAUCAGGAUGCUACUACGAGUACAUGACUCAGGAGAAUUUUGAGAACAUUUGGUGUUGGCUGUUCCCUGUUGCUUACACCAUAUCCCGUGGCUUGAUAAGCGAAAUGUGGUGUUCUUCGUCGCCUAAAUGGGUCCAAGGAUUCAUCACUAAGGAAGAAGCAGAACAUUCGCUUCAAGGCCAAGAACCAGGAACCUUCAUACUCCGGUUCCCUGUUUCAAGAAGUUGGCCUCAUCCUGAUGCCGGUAGUUUGGUUGUCACUUACGUCGGUCAUGAUUUCGCUCUUCAUCAUAAGCAACUCAACAUCUGCCAAAGUAGUGGAAGAUACAUGGAUGCAAAACUGCUGCAAGAUAUGUUGUUGGCUGAACCUGAGCUCUCUCAGUUAGGAAGGAUCAUAAGAAGCCAUUGAAUGAUAUAUGAAGGUUUCUAACUUUUCCAAUAUAACGAUUGCUAAGUCUCUCUCCCUACCGUUAGUAAGUUCGUAUACGCCAAGAGGGCGGCUAAAUCCUUAAAAGAGUACAAUUUGCAAAGAUUUUUUUUGAAUAUGUUACUCAUCUUAAUUUGAGUUGUUUAGCACAAAGUUGUAAAAACUUAGAUGGCUAAAUCGGCUCAACUUAAAGUUAAAAAAAGUUGUUGUGUUA